AUGGUAAGAACCUUUAACACCGGGCUGUCAAACACACUGCCCACGGUAUUCUCCCUGGUGGUGUUUGCCUCUAUAGUGAACGAGGGCUAUGUAUUCUCCCUGGUGGUGUUUGCCUCUAUAGUGAACGAGGGCUAUGUGAACCUGGGUAGUGAACGUCUCCACUGUGUGUUCCAUAAGAACCCUGAUGCCUGUAACUACGGAAUGUUCUGUGGUCUGGUGGGCUUGUUGCUGUGCUCCUUCUUCUUCCUGUUGGAUGUGAAGUUUCAACAGAUCAGCUCUAUUAAGGACAGGAAGAAGGCUGUGAUGCUGGAGGUCGGGGUUUCAGGUUUCUGGACGUUCCUGUGGUUUGUGAGUUUCUGUUUCCUGGCCAAUCAGUGGUCUAGGACCGCCCCUGAGGACCUGCCACUCAACCAGGGGGCUGACGCAGCCAGGGCCUCUAUCGCCUUCUCAUUCUUCUCCAUCCUCACUUGGGCUGGUCUGACGGUGCGUGCAGUCCAAAAAUAUCUCCUGGGAACAGACAUGACCCUCUUCACCACCGACCAUCUGGACGGAGUCGCCCCGGUAACACCAUACCCCCCCACCACCACCGGGGGCGCCAUCGAGCCCAGCGACAACUACCAGAGCCCCCCGUUCACAGAGGGGCUGGAAGCCCCUGCCCCCACAUACCAGGUCCCCAUAUACUAGUCCCCACCUCCCUGUCCCCCUAGUCCCUCCCUGUCUCCACCUCCCUUUCCCCCUAGUCCCUCCCUGCCCCCAUCUCCCUGUCCCCACAUACCAGGUCCCCAUAUACUAGUCCCUCCCUGUCCCCACAUACCAGGUCCCCAUAUACUAGUCCCUCCCUGUCUCCACCUCCCUUUCCCCCUAGUCCCUCCCUGUCCCCAUCUCCCUGUCCCCACAUACCAGGUCCCCAUAUACUAGUCCCUCCCUAGUCCCCACCUCCCUGUCCCUCCCUGUCCCCACAUACCAGGUCCCCAUAUACUAGUCCCUCCCUGUCCCCACCUCCCUGUCCCCCCUAGUCCCUCCCUGUCUCCCCCUCCCUUUCCCCUAGUCCCUCCCUGUCUCCCCCUCCCUUUCCCCCUAGUCCCUCCCUGUCCCUCUAGUCCCUCCCUGUCCCUCUAGUCCCUCCCUGUCUCCCUAGUCCCUCCCUGUCCCCCUAGUCCCUGUCCCCACAUACCAGGUCCUAUCCACUAGAGAACAUAGUGCUGGAAGCGACCUAGUUACAUGUACAGUCCCUCCAUGGUAAUGUUUUUAAGGGGAUGUUCUGUUCUUGGGUUCGGUGUUAUCUGCAUGUUCUGUAAGACUGACUAAGUGCCAAACUGUCUUGUGUGUCUGACAGUGACUGUAGAUAGUAACUUUCACCACUAUGAUGUUAACGUGACCAAGUGCAAUAUCUCCCUCCACCCAGUAGCCACUCUGCCGACCAGAGUCAUACACUAUUCCUUAUGUAGUGCAUUAAUGAUGGCCAGCUGAGCCUUUACCACCAGUGCACUUUGUAAGGUGGUUUCAGAUGCGCCCUAAACUAAUGUGUGCAAACAUCACAGAAGAUUCUGGCUUGUUUAUGUUUACAUUCUAGAAGUGGUUUAUUUAUGUUCUAGAAGCUGUUUGUUUACGUUCUAGAAUCUUUUUAUGUUUCUUUUCUAGAAGCUGUUUGUUUACAUUCUAGAAUCUUUUUGUUUCUUUUCUAGAAGCUGUUUGUCAUUCUGUAAGCUGCCAAACUGCCCUGCUAGUUGUCUUCCUUCACAGAGCAUCAGUCAGUCAGCUACCCAGAGAUAAACUAGACAUACCAUGAUGGCUCUUUAUUACUGUAUAUACCCUGGGUCUCUCUAAAUCUGCUCUGUGGAAUACAACCGUGCCCAUUGUUACCAUGGUGACAACACACCCACACACACUCACUAGUGAACCUCACUGUCCAGUGUGUGUGUGUCUGGUGUGUGUGUGUGUGUGUGUGGUAUUUGUUGUUUCAGGUCUGAAGAUAAAGAAAGACAAGUAAAAGCGUUCUUCUGUUGGUGGUGUUCCGGAGCAGAGGUGUUCCGGAGCAGAGGUGUUCCGGAACAGAGGUGUUCCGGAACAGUCUGUCUCACCAUCUUGUACAGUGUCUCUAGGUGAAGCCUAGACAUUACAUGUCGCUGUCUGUAUUGACAGUCCUAUUACAUAUUAUAUUACAAUUCAAGAGGUUUUGUGUUUGUUGAUAUAACAGAUGAAUAUAAUGCUGAAUAUAACUGACCUCCAGAAAGCCUUGUCUGUGGUGCCAUCUGCUCCUUGUAACACUAGCGGUGUAACAGCGCCCUCUAGCUGCCGAGGGACUCAAGCUUUUAAAAGGCCCCAUGCUGCAGCUCUUUUUCUAUCUGAAUAUCAAAUCAUUUCUGACGAAUUAGUACAUUUCUGUGAUUCCUUUUGACCAUUUUAAUUGAAAACAAACAAAAAAUAGCUUCUUAGCUUCUGUUAUUGGCAGAGAGAUUUCAAACUUUUUUUUUUUUUUUUUUUGAAUUUACCCCAAUUUCGAACUCUCUUAUUGGUCUAUUAAACGCCUGGUGACGUCACCAGGCAGGCCAAAACUCCAUCCCACCAAAACAGACUGAAAUUUCAGACGGUCUUUUCAACUAAAACGGCAUUAUGAAUUUCACAGUAUUGUUCCAACAUCAUAGCGUGGAAAUAUAUCAAACACAGGAAAGUUUUGGGCCUUUAAAAUAAGUUUAAAAGUGAUGAAUGUAAUAUUGUGUGGGCAAAAUGUUCUGUUGUUGAAUUGUGAAUUUUGAUUUUAAAGAGCCGUUUGUUUUGAUUUUAAAAUUCAUUUGAUCUGAAUUGAUAUGGAAAAAACGUUGAUUUACCCCUGAAAGGUUGAAUAAAUUGACUUACACAUAGGA